UCUAUUAUUCCUAUCUGCGUUCUUCGGAACCGCCACAUUGACCGCCGGUAAGCGCUCGACAUCACGUUCGGCUUGGUUGUCCGGAGUUCCUCUGUCGCUCGAUGGAGUCCGUCGCGGCAUCGGUAGCGAUUCCCUCGUCGCCGUCUCCCCUCGCCUUAUUCUCCCCCAGCAGGAGCGUCCCUCGACGCCCAUCCUUCUUCCCGAUCGCCUCCAAGAAUAGGGAAGAUGAGGCCGAUCUCAGUUCGAAAUCCGAGAGCACCAGUCUCGUGCCUUUCCUCAGCAAUCGGGCUCCCAUCUCCCCCCUUCCCAAGGACACGGCGAUGGGCUUGGUCUUAAGCGCGGCAACUGGAAGAGGGUGGACGACGGGAUCGGGAAUGGAAGGUCCUCCGGUCCCCGCUGACACCGAUUCCGCCGAUCAGGCGGUUCUCACCUUUCCCUGGUCCCUCUACACCAGAUCGCCCCGUCGUCGGAUGCGCGUGGUCUUCACCUGCAACGUCUGCGGCCAGCGGACGACUCGUGCCAUCAACCCCCACGCAUACACCGAUGGCACCGUCUUUGUCCAGUGUUGCGGCUGCAAUGUGUUCCAUAAACUGGUUGACAAUCUGAAUCUGUUCCAUGGGAUGAAAUGCUACGUGAGCCCGAGUUUCCGCUACAAGGGAGACAUGCCGAUCGAUUACACUGAUGCAGAUGGUGAUCAGGAUAUCUUUCCCAUCGUAUGAGGUGAAGGAGUGGCGUCAUGAAAGUGAUCUGUAGAUAUCCCUGUUUAUUUGUGACUAUGAACAGUGACAUUACAUAUUUAGAGAUUAUCUUUCUUACAGAAGUAAUAUCUGAUGGGAUUUGUUUCUUUUGAUAGA